AUGCCCGUAUCUACAAGAUCGCAGAUCUUCAGCAGGCUUGAGCCAAGAACGAAAGAUCAACAAGAAAACAGCCAUAUGCCAUUGAGAAAUCCACACCAUGGACUCAAAGAGAAGAUGAAAGCACUCACCCUUUUGUAUGAACAGCAGAAACAGGCUAUCAAAGAGCCAAGAUUUUCGACUCACCCAAGUGUGGAUCUGCUAAGUUCUGGAAAUACAGGUGAGAAACGGGCUAAAGAAUCGAAACCCAGUAUUAGCCAUGUGAUGAGGGAGAGCACAUUGAAUAGUUCAACUCAGAGAAGGACUUAUAUCAUGCCAUUGCAUUCAAUGACAGAGGACUCGAAGGAGAACGCUGUAGUGGCGUGUGGUGGUGAUCGGAUUGUGGGAAUUUUGUCUCCAAGAAAGGCUAAUAUGUCCAGUAAAGUGGCCAGGAAGCUCUCAAUGGUGAGUGAGCCUUGUGGAAGUAAAAAGGUUGAUGUCGGAGAAUUAAUGACCACCAAGGUGAAAUCAACAAUGGAAAAUGGUAGGAUCCUUGUGUUUGUGAGGCUGAGGCCAGUGGCAAAGAAGGAGAGGGAAGCCGGAUCAAGAUGUUGCGUGAGAAUUGUUAAUAAAAGGGAUGUUUAUUUGACAGAAUUUGCAAAUGAAAAUGACUAUCUUAGGUUAAAGAGGCUUCGUGGCCGGCAUUUCACUUUUGAUGCUUCAUUCCCGGAUUCUACUACUCAACAGGAGGUUUAUUCCAAAACAACAGCAGGUCUUGUUGAAGCUGUUUUGCAGGGAAGAAAUGGCUCUAUCUUUUGCUAUGGCGCAACAGGAGCUGGGAAAACAUAUACAAUGCUUGGCACAAUGGAUAAUCCAGGAGUAAUGGUGCUUGCAAUUAAGGAUCUCUUUAGCAAGAUACAACAAAGAAGCUUUGAUGAAAACCACACAGUUCAUCUAUCCUAUCUUGAGGUCUACAAUGAAACUGUAAGAGAUUUACUUUCCCCAGGAAGGCCACUGGUUCUUAGGGAAGAUAAGCAGGGAAUUGUGGCAGCGGGUCUUACUCAAUACAGAGCAUACUCCGCUGAAGAAGUAAUGGCAUUGCUUCAACAAGGGAACCUAAACCGAACAACAGAACCAACUCGUGCAAAUGAAACUUCUUCCCGAUCUCAUGCAAUUCUGCAGGUCGUGGUUGAAUACCAAGUGAAAGGUGCUUCAGGCAAUGUUGUCAAUCGAGUGGGAAAGCUUUCACUUGUUGAUCUUGCUGGUUCCGAGAGAGCUAUUGCUACUGAUCAGAGAACACUUAGAUCGCUUGAGGGUGCCAACAUCAACAGGUCACUCCUUGCCCUGAGCAGCUGCAUCAAUGCACUUGUCGAGGGCAAGAAGCAUAUACCAUAUCGCAAUUCCAAGCUCACUCAACUGCUAAAGGACUCGCUUGGUGGAGCUUGUAACACUGUAAUGAUUGCAAAUAUUAGCCCCAGCAGCCUAUCAUUUGGUGAAACCCAAAACACACUUUAUUGGGCUGAUCGAGCCAAAGAGAUCCGGACAAAGGCCUGUGAUGCAAAUGAGGAAACUCAAAUACCAGAUUCUGAAACAGAUCAGGCCAAACUGUUACUGGAGUUACAGAAAGAGAACAGAGAAUUACGAAUGCAAUUGGCUCGACAGCGACAGAAGAUACUAACCAUCCAAGCAAAGUCCAUUGCAGCAACCUCUUCACCAACCAAUAAAUCUGCCGGCCAGCCAAAUGAAACACACAAACUAAGAUCUUCUUUAUCGGUAGGCAAUUGUUUUUCACCAGUAUCAAAGACAACGGUUGCCAACCAGACAGUUAAAGAACUUAUGAAGACUAUAAGAUCACUGGAGGCUGAAAUUCAGAGAAUGAAGAAGGAUCAUGCUUUGCAGAUAAAGCACAAGGAUAAUUUUAUUCAUGAUCUUUCACUAAGGGGUGCAGAACUAGCUGAAAAGAGAGGCAAUGGAGUGAAAAGGAAUAACUCCAAGGCAAAAGAACCACCAGAGGGUAACUUGAGGAGCCCAGCUCAUCGAUUUUUAUCUCCAGCACCCACUGCCAAAAAACGAAGGUUUUGGGAUAUUACAACAGCUAACAGUCCAUCCGUUGCCCCAUUAACUGGACGAAAAACCCGAAGCCAUUUCACUACUGAACCCUUAGGAGCUCCGUCCAUGCUUCUUCAGCCCGGUUUUGCUUGCCAUAGACCUGAAACUUUGAAGCGGUGA